UUUCAAUUAUGUGACUGUAAUGAAUCCCCCACCACAUUUGGGGGCGAUCGUGCAUCCAGAGUAGUUUUAUUCAAGUCAACAACGUAACAUGGCGCGAGAAUUUCAAGAUAUGGCAGAGGUUCGAGUUUCCGAAGAAGAAGCUCCAUCUUCCUUAUCGCCAAACCUGAAUGAAACACAGUUCUUUGGCUUUACCCCUCAAACAUGUAUGUUGAGGGUCUACAGUGCCUUCCAAGAUUGCCUGUACGAAAUGCUGCUCGUCGUUGAGAAAGUCUUUGUUAGAAAACUAAGUGGAACUGAACUCAGUGAUGAUCAACUUCGUUUGAGGGCGAGGGAGUGCACCCAAAAGCUUCAACUGUUCCUUCAAGAACGCUUCAAACGUUUGUCAGGGUGCAUGGAAACACUCUUGGUCAAAAACGUCUUUUCAAUUCCUCCCAAUGUGCCGUUACCAGGAGACCAGCCACGCACCAAACAUACAGAGAGUCUGUCAGAGCUUCUGGAGCUGGAAUCGUGCCUGACUGAGUUGCAGCAGUCGUACCAAGCAGAGGUUUGUGCCCAGCAGGCCUUGUUAGCUGAACUGGAGGAGCAGAGGGAGGUUCAGGAACAGCUGGAUGGAAUACUGAAGUGGAUUGGGGAGCUACAGGCAGCUUGGAUGAAGGAGGGAAUGGGCAACUUCCAUGAAAGCUUCCGGGUCAUGGUGCAAUCGGUUAAGAAACUGCAGGAUGUCAUUACAGAUAUUAGUAAGAAAAGCAGUGGAUUGGACUUGUCUAUGGGGUGGAGUCAUGUUGCCUGACUGCUUUGGUGUAGACAUUUUCCACGACUACAGAACUGAUCAGUUUAUAAACCUUUGUGACAUCUUUUGUCUCAGAUUAAAUACUUACUUAGUCAUGUGUGAUGCACAGAUGGGACAAAGUUGUCGCUUGGAAUAGCUUUUUCUCAGGAGUUGUAUGCAAGUAUGUAACUUAACACAUGUAACUUAACACUUCACUUUAAUUCACUCAAAAUUAAUGUAAAAAUACAAACACUUAUUAUUUGUUUUAUAGCCAAGUGGAUGAUUGGAUUCACCACAAGGGGGAAGCAUUGUAUCAUUCUUUUAAAGCCAGUCUCCAUUUGCUGUUGGAAAUGUAUUUGUUAUUAUUAGUAUACUAUUAAUUAUUAGUAUGCUUUGUUUCAUAAUACUUCACUGAACAAUACAAAAAUAUCCCAAAUAAUCACUUUCCUACUUAUAUCUCAAGGUCUAAAUUGUGUAAUUGCACAUGAUAUAAUAAAUAGGCCUAUACAGUAGAUUGUAACAAGUCUAAAAUAAUUCAGUCUCUUGCAUGUGGUAUCUUUUGAGUGUAGUGAAGGCUUGCAUUGCCUGUGAUGUCUAAUGCUGUGUGAUGUGUAGAGACGUGGAGCUGCUAGUAGACAGCACAGUGUGGUCUCAGUGGGAGUCCCUGCGGUGAUCACAUGGAUGUAUGAUGUCCAUGACUGGAUCCUCCAGGCCUCUUUUUUAUGCUGCUGAACCAGACAGUCUUCACUGUCUCACAGGUUUAAUAUGCUUUUCCUUUUUUCCCUUCCUUCCUAAUCAACAGUUUUUGAAUAUCCAAUUGAAAAAUGUACCUCAGGUUCAUAACAUGAUACUGUAUACCAUAUAACAACAGUGCGGAUAUUACGACUGGUACUGCCAGCAUUCAAUGAUGUUCCAGUCAGACUGGUCCCAUGUACCAUGUGGUUCAACACUUCUCAGAAUCCAGGUUCAAACAUCUUUACAUGCUCAUAAUUAAACAUGAGACAUGCAUGUCAGGGUUCUUUUCUA